GAGGAAAAAAGGUGGGGUGUAAAUGGCCAUUUGUAACCACCCUCUUUUUCCAUGGUGAACUGAGCUCUCCUGUUCAUUGGUCUCUUGUAUAUUGUCAUCAGUAGGGUUUUGAUAGGCUUAUAGCUCGAGGCUGUUCUCUGGUUCUUUCCCUUUUUUUGCCUGCCUUUUGGAACAUCUCUCUGUCCAGAUUGCCACUAUCUAGAACACAACCAAUGGCUGAGCGAGUGCUUGUGAUUGGCAGUGGAGGCAGAGAACAUGCUCUGGCAUGGAAAUUAGCGCAGUCCCCCCACGUAAAACAGGUACUGGUCGCGCCAGGAAAUGCCGGAACAGCUAAUCAUGGAAAAAUCUCCAAUUCAGUUAUAUCAAUCAGUGAUCAUGCCACUCUUUCCAAGUACUGCAAAGACCAGAAGAUUGGACUUGUGGUGGUUGGUCCAGAAGUCCCACUUGCUGCUGGAAUUGUCGAUGACUUGACAGCUGCUGGUGUGAGAUGUUUUGGUCCUACGGCGAAGGCAGCUCAGCUAGAGUCCAGCAAGAGCUUCUCCAAAGCCUUUCUGGACCGUCAUGGCAUCCCAACUGCGAGAUGGAAAGCUUUCACGAAUGCACAAGAAGCUUGCGCCUUUAUUACCAGUGCAACUUUCCCUGCCUUAGUUGUAAAAGCAAGUGGUCUGGCUGCUGGAAAAGGUGUGAUUGUGGCUACAAACAAAGGAGAGGCAUGCAAAGCUGUACAUGAAAUAAUGCAAGACAAAACGUUUGGAGCAGCUGGAGAAACUGUCGUUGUUGAGGAACUUCUAGAAGGAGAAGAGGUUUCUUGCUUAUGCUUCACAGAUGGUGUCACUGUUGCCCCCAUGCCACCCGCCCAGGACCACAAACGGUUAAUGGAUGGAGAUCAGGGCCCAAAUACUGGCGGCAUGGGUGCCUAUUCCCCAGCACCUCAGCUGUCCAAGGAUCUACUUCUGAAAAUCAGAAAUUCUGUUCUCCAGAAAACAAUUGAUGGUAUGAGAAAAGAGGGUAUUUCUUACAUAGGUGUGCUCUAUGCUGGGUUAAUGUUAACCAAAGAUGGACCAAAAGUCUUAGAAUUCAACUGUAGGUUUGGUGAUCCUGAAUGUCAGGUAAUUCUCCCGCUACUUAAGAGUGACCUUUAUGAUGUUCUACAAGCAACUAUUGAUCGAAAGCUAUCUUCCCACAUGCCUGUUUGGUUUGAAGACUGUGCCGCAGUGACUGUGGUCAUGGCUAGUGAAGGCUAUCCAGGAAGCUAUGCCAAGGGUUUGGAAAUAACAGGGUUUUCUCAGGCUAAAGACCUAGGCUUGGAGGUGUUCCAUGCUGGCACAGCCAUGAAGGAUGGCAAAAUAGUGACCAGCGGAGGCCGAGUCCUCACCGUGACAGCUGUCAAGAAGGACCUUGUGUCUGCACUGGAAGAAGCCAACAAAGGAGUGGUAGUCAUUCGGUUCCAAGGGGCCAUUUAUAGAAAGGAUAUUGGUUAUCGAGCUAUUGCUUUCCUUAAACAAUCCAGAGGCCUGACUUAUAAAGACAGUGGUGUAGAUAUUGCAGCUGGUAACACCUUGGUUCAGAAAAUUAAACCUUUAGCAGCAGCCACAUCCAGGCCAGGCUGCAAUGCUGAGCUUGGAGGAUUUGCUGGCCUUUUUGACUUGAAGGAAGCUGGAUAUAAAGAUCCAAUUUUAGUAUCUGGAACUGAUGGUGUUGGAACAAAGCUCAAGAUUGCCCAGCUGUGCAAAAAGCACAACACGAUCGGCCAGGACUUGGUCGCCAUGUGUGUCAACGACAUCCUAGCUCAGGGAGCUGAGCCCCUCUUUUUCCUUGACUAUUUUGCCUGUGGAAAGCUGGAUGUGGCGAUGGCGCAGGCAAUCGUAGCUGGAGUAGCUGAGGCGUGUAAAUUGGCAGGAUGUGCUCUCCUUGGAGGAGAAACUGCUGAAAUGCCUGGCAUGUAUCCACCUGGGGAGUAUGACCUGGCUGGCUUCGCUGUUGGCGCUGUAGAACGAGGACAGAUGCUUCCCCAGCUUGACAGAAUUGUUGAUGGGGAUGUGAUUAUUGGAAUUGCUUCCUCGGGCGUUCACAGCAACGGGUUUAGCCUUGUGAGGAAGAUCGUCGAAAAGUCCUCUUUGGAUUUUUCCUCUCCUUCAGUGGGCGGCUCUGGUGACCAGACAUUAGGUGAGCAAUUGCUUACUCCGACGAAAAUCUACAGCAAAGUUCUUAUGCCGGUCCUUCGUUCAGGUCACGUGAAGGCAUAUGCUCACAUCACUGGCGGAGGGCUGCUGGAAAACAUCCCACGCGUACUCCCAGCAUCAUUUGGUGUAGUUCUAGAUGCCUUGAGUUGGAAGAUGCCAGACAUCUUUUCCUGGCUUCAAAGAGAGGGAAACCUAUCAGAAGAGGAAAUGGCUCGAACAUUUAAUUGCGGGAUCGGUGCAAUCUUAGUGGUGCAGAAAGAACUGUCUGGGCAGGUUCUGAAGGACAUCCAGAGGCAUGAAGAGGCAUGGUUGAUUGGGAAGGUUGUACGCCAUCAAGCAGGGUCUGCCCAUGUUAAAGUCAAUAACUUGCUUCAAGCCUUACAAGCGAACCGGUUACAGUCCUCCGACAGACAACAGAGCAAAACCCAACCAAGCAAAACAAGGGUGGCCGUCCUCAUCUCUGGAACAGGUACAAAUCUGGAAGCUCUAAUAACCAGCACAAAGAAGCCAAUUAGCUCUGCACAAAUAGUGCUUGUCAUUUCUAACAAAGCUGGUGUUGAAGGGUUACAAAAAGCUGAAAGAGCUGGCAUUCCUACAAAAGUAAUUGACCAUAAGCUGUUCAGCAGUCGUACGGAGUUUGACAGUGCAGUUGAUAAAGUCCUUGAAGAGUUCUCCACUGAACUGAUCUGCCUUGCGGGAUUUAUGCGGAUCUUAUCUGGCCCUUUUGUCCGAAAGUGGGAUGGAAAAAUAUUGAAUAUUCACCCUUCUUUGCUGCCUUCAUUUAAAGGCGCAAACGCCCAUAGACUGGUACUGGAGGCUGGAGUCCGAGUCACUGGGUGCACCGUGCAUUUUGUGGCUGAAGAAGUUGAUGCCGGAGCAAUAAUUUUUCAAGAGGCGGUUCCAGUGAAGGCUGGAGACACAGAGAAGACCUUGUCAGAGAGAGUGAAGGAGGCAGAGCAUAGAGCCUUCCCGGCUGCUUUGGAGCUAGUGGCAAGUGGAGCCAUGCAGUUAGGAGGAGAUGGGAAAUUAUGCUGGAAUUCGGAAAAACGCAACUGAAAUGCAGAGAGCAAGAAAAUAGCAAGAACAAUCAUGUGUAUUUUUGUUAAAUUGUUUAGGAUAGGGCGGCAAGACUUUAAAGUUUUGAUCAAGCUAAGAUGAGGAACCCAACAGAGCCAAAUUGGGAAGGAAAUGAAUUUUCCGACUCUAAUAUUCAACUGCUUUGGCCAUGGUCUGGAAUUUUAUGGGUGGAGGUCUGUGUGGCAAGCCACAGGUUCACCUGCAUCAUCAUCAUCGUUUUGUUAAGGUGCACUAAAAUGUUCAAAACCUAUGUAAGGAACCAUUUCAACCCAAUAGUUUGCCAUGUUACCUGCACAGCACAUGUCAUAAGACAUGGCAGAGUCCAGAUUUAAAUCAAGCCUCAGAUUCAGCAUCUUCACAGGCUUAGCGAGCUGACAGAAAUAAACAUAGUUGGUGUCACGAUAUGAAUUAAACACUUCAAUAGCACCCUCACGAUAUGAAUUAAAUGUUUUAAUAACACUCCCACAUCAGUUUUUCCUGCUAAAAAUAUAGAGGUAAUUCCAAAUCACACACAUUCUUUGGGCUGGAUCUAUGGUUGGCCUUCUGGAAGAGGAAGGUCCCUGCCUGUGGAAUGUGCCUCUGAUUAAUGUUAACACCCCUUCACACCGCAACUCACCUCAUUUUGCAAGGCAUCUUGACUCUUGUGUGUCGCAUUUUCAGGUAGCUGGAGGGGCUGCUGUGGGGAGAAAGUCCACUUCCAUCAGCGCAGUUGAUCCAGAGUACAUCUGGAUCUAGCCCUAUGUAAUUCAGAAUCAAGCCCUUCCAUAGUCUUUGUCAUAGUACUGGUGGCAAAUGUUCUGGCAUUUGGUAAUCCCUUAUGAAAUACUUCCAAAAAAAUACAAGAUGGUAUCAUUGAAUAUCAGGGCAGUACUUAGAUAAUCACCUGCGUGAGAUCUAGUCUUUUCUAAAUAUAUUGUACUGUGAAACGUAUUUGAACGGUACAUUGAAAUGUGGCUCAUUCCAUUACAGAGGCAUGUGCUAACCUUUUCUUCGAGAUGUUUUAUCAUGGCUGGUUAGCAUGAUGGGGUGUAUUGCAAUUCAUCUAAUUCCUAUUUAAAGAGAAAAAUGAAUUGGGUGUCAUGUGCCUUUCAGAAAACAUUUCACAAUUAUUUCUUAAAGAGAAUACAUAUGUAUUUCCUCCUUGCCAUUUUUUUUAUUUACAAAAAUAAUCAGUGUUCAAAUGUCAGGCAUCCACAAUACUGUUAGAUUCCUGUUAUCUCUGCUUUAUAUCCAUGUUUUGUGAUCUCAAACCCCAUCCAAAUAAAAUGUUGAAUUAA